ACUCCGAGUUAUUGUUCGAUAAAAAUAAGAGCUAUUGUGCUUCUUGCAGAGGGUCUUCACGUAAACUCGAGAAACUGAAACGCGCAAUUUUAACUCUAUAUCUUUCUUAUAGCUCGUCUGUCGCAGAUCAUGAUCGGUAGUAGUAUCUAUACUUACUAUAACUUCGAGUGCGCCCUUCGGGCUGCUCGAAUGAGGCACAUUCGCCCCCAAAUGUACUAUGGAAAUAAGGUUAUUUUACCCCCUUCUGUGCUCGAAAGGGUUGCAAAAAUUGAGGCCAGCUACCCGCUGACAUUCGAGAUUCGAAGCGAAGCCAACGAUGUCAGGUUACACUGUGGGCCUAUUGAAUGGGUUGCCGAAGAAGGGCGUAUUUACAUUCCGGAUGGCAUGAUGGAUAAUAUGGGUUUAGUUGAUGGUUCUUUGGUGGUGAUUAGGCUCACAGAAAUUCCUCGAGGCGAGUUUGUCAAAUUCAAACCUAAAACCAUCGAAUUUCUGCACGAAAUUUCGAAUCCUCGAGCGGUGUUAGAAAAGGAACUGCGUGUCUACGCCGCGCUCACCGUUGGCGAAGUUAUUUACUUUCGGUACAACGAACAAGACUUUUAUUUGGAGGUGAUUGAGGUGAGGCCCACGUCUCACGGAGCUAUUAGUAUCAUUGAGGCUGACAUUGUGGUAGACUUUGAACCGCCAGAUGGAUAUGUUAGUCCAGAUCUGGCGAGACCUGCACCGCAGAAAUGGGAGUACAAAGCCGAAGACCUCCACGAAUUGGAAAUUGCGGAUGGCGACGACGAGGAAGAAAGCAGAGGUCCGACCGUUUUUUCUGGACCUGGUUACUGUGUGAGUGGCCGAUUCGAGCCUUCUCGCAAUUUCUUGGUGCAAGUGACGGGUAAAAAAGAAUCUGCUCCUUCUCCAGACAAACAAUCGAGCAAAACUGUAGAGGACAAGAAAGAAUCCCCUAAUUCUAAAUUUUCUCCAUUUUGUGGGCAAGGGUUUCGGCUACGAGACUGACACUCUCUCAGACAAUCGAAGUUCAGUUCGACAGCCCAACGAAAAUGCGUUGCGCUUUUUUCCGUACACAAGGCCAUUGACGACAGACCAAGAGCCCGAGCAUGUCCGCCUGUAAAAAAUUGGCGGUUUUGAAUCACUGAGAGCCCACGUUGAGUGCGCGAGGAGCGGUAAACAGGGCGUUGCCCGUAUAUAAUACAUGUAGGCGUGUGUAUAGCCA